GCUUGAGGCUUGAAUAUCAAUGUCUGUACUUUCACUUCCCGUUGAUGCAGAGAAGUGGCUUUGCUCGUCGAAGCAGGCUUUGUUAACAAAAAUAGACAAAAGACAAGCAAGCAGGGAUAGGUAUAAUGUCUCCGUUGAAGCAAGAGGACAUUACAAGUAGUAAAGAUACAAGCAGGGAUAGGCUUUUACAGAACUUUCAGGACCAAAAUUUAAAAAUUGAAAUUGCUAGUUACAUGUUUUUAUUGGGGGGUUUAACAUUAGCUACAUGCUUAGAAGCAAUAUUUAUCUAACACUGUAUUUUAGGCAUGUUAGUUACGCCGAGAAAAGGGUGUGUUCGUUUUGUCCACUAUAAAUAUUUUAUUCAUCUUUCUGUUAAAAAAAAUUUCGACAAGGAUCCAUUUUUUUCAUUAACAGCUGUUGUAGAAGAAAACAUAUAUUAUGUUUGUUGUUUACCUGUUAAAGAGUUCCUUUUUCCCAAGUCUAAUUUCAAGUUCAAAUUUUGUGAAUAGGAAAAGCAAACUUAAGUUUUCCAACCACUGAGUGGGUUCUCCCUGCUUGACCGAAAUAGUCAGGACCCAAAAAAAUGUAAAGAAUAAUUAUAAUCCAUUGUUAAACCACUAAUUAAAAAUGAAGUUUAUAUACUAGUAGUUAAUUGACAUACCUUAAGAUACAGUCCUUUCCCUUCUCUUUUCUUUUUUAAAUACCUUUGGAUAUUGAACAGUUUGGUGCUUUCUAUUUUUAGCUAGAUGGAUCCAUUCCAAUCGUUCUUAGGCUUCUACCUAGUAGUGUUUCUAACAGACAAUUUCACAAGCAAAUAGAAACAAAAGUACCUGGUCUUCAGCCCAAAAGCCUCUCAGAUAAAUGGUGCAUGUCAUUACAUGUGUCACCCAGAUGAUUAAUUGAGCCACUAUAUAUAUAUAUGCCCCCCACAAUCAUGAAUUACAUUUCAUAUUAAGUACUACUUGUCAAAUAACCUGUUUUUUCAAGACCAAAACAGGGGAACCAAAAAUGAAUCAAUCCCAAUCCCAGAAUAUGAGCCAUCAAGCUGGCCAAGCCGCGGGACAAGCUCAGGAAAAGGCAAGCAGCAUGAUGGACAGUGCAAGGAAUGCUGCUCAAUCUGGCAAAGAAUCCUGCCAAGAGGCUGGGCAGCAAAUGCAGGAAAAGGCACGAGGGGCUGCUGAUUCUGCCAAGAGCGCAAUUGGGGCUCAGAAAUGAAUAUAUUGGAGAGCUCUCUAAGUGGCAUUCAAUAUUCAUGUUUUUCAAUAUUUGGUUUUUGGGCU